GUUCAUCUCUGACUCCUUUUGCAUGAAAUGCCAGCCAGACGAACCAGCCAGGGAACGGAUGCCAGUGUCAAUCAGCACGCGUUUCGCCUGCCGGCGACCGUCAGUGCAUCCGGCGACGCUGGAGGGCAGUGCUUACUGACCCACUCCCUUCGUACAUGUUUCGACUCAGAUUCCUAUAUCUGGACUGCUCCUUCACCAUGGCUACCUUUGCCCUCCGGAUGUGUGUCUGUGUCGGUGUUCCCAGAGUCAGUUGUUUGGCUGUACAUCAUGUUAUGUCGUUCGUUUUAUGUCAUUUUCCUUCUCUCUUUUGGUGCGGCUUCAAUAUCCGCUGCGAAUCAGAACUACAUAGGCAACGCAGAAGCAGCUUUCAAAGUCCUCCAAAACUGGUAUAAUACCAACACCGGCAUCUGGAACACUACCGGCUGGUGGAACAGUGCCAACUGCCUGACUGUAAUUGGAGACCUCGCUGCUGUCGAUCCAUCGGUCAAGACACAAGUCAGCGCUGUGUAUGCCAACAGCAUAGUCGCCGCCCCAAACCUUAACCUAGGCGUUACCAAAAUCGUCACUUCAGACUUCAACAUUGAAACCUUCUAUACCAAUUCUCCGCCGGGCGUUGUCAAGAGACAGGUGAACCCAAAGGGAUUCCUCAACGACUUCUAUGAUGAUGAAGGCUGGUGGGCGUUGGGAUGGAUCCAAGCAUACGACAUCACGGGAACGGCAGAGUACCUCAACACGGCAAUCGACAUCUUCACUGACAUGAAAAACGGCAGCUCCACGCCUUGCAAAGGCGGUAUCUGGUGGGACAAAACGGAAACCUAUGUAAAUGCCAUCGCCAACGAACUUUACCUCUCCGUCGCAGCCCACCUCGCCAACCGUGUGGUCCAAAACAAACAGUUCUACCUCUCAAUUGCUCAAGAUCAGUGGACCUGGUUCCAGCAGAGCGGAAUGAUCAACUCCAAAUCACUUAUCAAUGACGGCCUUACUGGAGCGUGCAAAAACAACAACGGGACAGUCUGGUCUUACAACCAAGGCGUGGUCCUCGGUGGGCUGGUAGAACUCAAUAAAGCGUCACCGAACGCCACUUACAUCUCUUCCGCCAAGUCCAUCGCAACAGCAGCAAUCGAAGCACUCUCUGAUUCCAACGGCGUAUUGCACGAUCCAUGCGAGCCAAACUGCGGCGCCGAUGGCUCGCAAUUCAAGGGCAUCUUCAUGCGCAACCUUCAAAUCCUUCAGGCCGCAAGCCCAGACAAUUCUUACCUCAGCUUCAUUGCUACGAAUGCAGUUAGUAUCUGGGCAAAGGAUAGGAAUACGCAGAACCAACUGAGUGUAGGCUGGGCGGGCCCAUUUGUGAAUCCCGCGAACGCAAGUACCCAAAGCAGCGCUUUGGAUGCGCUGGUUGCAGCUGUGGCGUUCCAGGGCCAGCUUGGGAAUGGGAUUGCGAGUCGACAUCGUCGAUAGCAAUUAUGACAUUCGAUUUAGUCUGUGACCUUUAAUGUGCAUUUGUAGAGUUUUAGAAUAAUGGGCAACAGAUUUUGGAUACUGUUUGCAGUUUGAGUUGUGAUUGAAAGUGGAACUUAAGGCUCGUCCCGUUUCUUGGCUGUCUGAUGCGCGGUCCGUCGUUGAGCGGGCAAGGUUUGAUCCUGGAUAAAUGGCCGAGAGUUGGAGGGGUCAUGCUGUGAGGGGCGACUAUGUCGGCUCCAGUGACUUGGUGCCGGUAACCUCACCGCCAAUGAAACAUCAUGCUUGCAAGGUCCGUCUUUUGAAUCAUCCCAACAUUGGGUCACGGUUUCAAGUCAUUCCUGCUGUCAUAUAAUGGAGCUGCCUCGCAUGUCUACCAGUUGCCCAAUCUUCAUUUCCAAAA